GGCCGAGCUCUGUUCUAGAAUAUAACUUGUAUAUGUGUUGCAAGGUUAUAAAAAAAAUAAUUGGAAUUAUCAUUAAUCGUUGAAGAUAGAGAAUGAGUGUUCGAAGAAACUUGGAAUCUUAUUGUUGAAAAAGAUAUAGAAAUUUUUGUGGAUAGCUCAAAAUAAAGAUAUGAAAAGCAAAAAUAUGUACAAAUCGUUCCAGGAAGAACACUGAUAUGUGUUGUUGAAUUUUGUACAUUGAUAAGGAUCCGAAGCAAGGAUCGAAACGUAUGGUAAUACGAAAUUUGUCGAAUAAAUUCAUUUACACAGGAACUACUAGUGUUUGACUCGGAAAGGCAUCUUCAUAUUCAUAGAUUUAUUCAACUGACAAGUCUAAUUAUAUCCAUCUAUACAUAUAUAUUUUUAUUUUGGUUAUAACAGGCGUCUGAUAUUAAUCAAUUUGAUUAUUUGACCAAUAAUGUUUGUUAUUGUAUUGCUAUCAUUUGUCUUUAUAUUAUUGGUGUGUAACUAUUAUGUGUAUUAUGGAAAAAUCGGACGACUCAUUAACCUAAUACCAGGACCAUUAUGCUAUCCAAUUGUUGGAAGUGUGUACCUAUUAUUGGGUUCACGAGAAGCACUAUGGAAGCGUAUGAUUACUCUUAAUGAUAAAUACUACCCCAUUUACAAAGUUUGGAUAUUCUUUAUACCCAUUAUAUCCAUUCGUCAUCCGGAUGAUCUAGAGACAAUACUACGCAACCCGAAACAUAUAAAAAAGAGUAUUAUUUAUGAUUCUUUCAAACCUUGGUUCGGAACUAGUCUUUUCAUUACUGAAGGUGCCAAGUGGCAUUCACAGCGAAAGAUAUUAACUCCUACAUUUUAUUUUAAUAUACUGCAACGAUUUGUCGAGAUUUGGGACAAAGAAAGCAAAAACAUGAUAAAGUCCUUGAAAAAUACGGAAGGCACAGUUGUAAAAAAUUUAUCACCAUUUAUUAGUGAACACACGCUGAAUGCAUUAUGUGAAACUGCUAUGGGCAUUUCUCUAAAAAAUCUCGGUGAGUUCCAGCAACAGUAUCUAAAAGCAAUUCAUCAAAUGGGCGAGCUUUUUGUUUAUAGAAUAAAAAGACCAUGGCUGCUAUCUAAUUGGAUAUUCGCAUUGACACCAAAAGGCAGAGAGCAAACGAAGGUUCUAAAAAUAUUACAUGGAUUUACUGAACGCAUUAUUGCCGAAAGAAAACUUUAUCAUGAACAAACAAAUAGUCAAUAUUUGAAAAGCUUUGACAAUGAUACAUCAGCAGAAGAAGAUGGUGCAAAAAUGAUUGGAAUGCGAAGGAAGGGGCUUGCAAUGUUGGAUCUUCUCAUAGCGGCAUCUCGUGAGGGUCUCAUGACUGAUUUAGAGAUUAGGCAGGAAGUUGACACCAUUAUGUUCGGGGGCCAUGAUACUACAGCGGCAAGUUUAUGCUUCAUUUUGGCAUUAUUAGCUGAACACAAGGACAUUCAGGAUCGUGUCAGAAACGAAGUCGAUAUUGCUAUGCAAGAGAAUGAAAAUAAAUUAACUAUGAAAUUUUUGCAUCAACUAUCAUAUUUAGAAAGAUGCAUAAAAGAAGCGUUGCGCUUGCAUAGUGCCGCAUUUGUUAUAUCACGCGUAUGUGGAGAAGACGUAAAAUUACAGUCAUAUUUAGUACCUGCUGGCACCAUCCUGUUUAUUGAUAUUAACAUAAUCCACAAAGAUUCCAAUUUUUGGCCAAAUCCAGAGAUAUUUGAUCCUGAUAGAUUUUUGCCCGAGAGGAUCCAAAAUCGUCACCCUUACUCAUAUAUACCAUUUAGUGCUGGACCACGUAAUUGUAUCGGCCAACGAUAUGCUAUGCUGCAAAUGAAGAUGAUGGUAGCUUCUUUGAUACAUCAUUUCUAUUUGGAACCCGUUGAUUAUAUAAAGGAUGUUCGGCUGCAGGUCGAUAUCGUAAUUCGUCCUGAUCCACUUCGUGUACGAUUUGUUCCUGUUUUGCAAAAUUAAUACAAACAAAAACAGGAUAUAAUCGAUAGAUACUAUUAUCACUGGAUAAAAAUACUACUGGAUAUAAAUACUAAACAAAGAGGUGCGUAAUUCGUUCUACAAAUGUAUUAUUAUUUUUGAAGAAACAUCAUUUCAAGAAACAUCUCCUGUGUAAACUGUCAUUAUCGUGUCAAACGCAAGCGACAUAAACGGCGUUUAAU